UUUUUUGUGUUGUUUUCUUCUUGUUCGAACAGCUGUAUGUGGGAAUUUUCUAUCUUUUUGGCCUUUUUUCGGGAAUUUCGUGAUAAUAAAAGGUGAUAAGUGCAAAUUAGAGCCAUUAGCAACUCCCGCCGUCGUUCCCGUUGGAAAAGUGCACCGGGAAAGUCCUCUUCCAAAAAACCUCAACAGAGUUACAGAAAUUCACAGAAAGAAGCUAGCGAAAGUCCAGGAAGCUGGAUUUAAUAGCCGUACUGGGUCCUCUCUGAAGUUGAAGAAGAAGAAGAAGGUUCUUCAGGAAAAGGGAUUUCGUGAAUUGGAUUUGUGCAGCGCGUAAUUUCGUGGAUUCUGGAAAGAAAUGUGCGAUUCCGACAGCGAAGAGUUCGCUAGUGCGGACGAAGAUUUCGAGGAUGUGGAGUCGGAUGAAUCUGAGGGGACACAGACUGCCGCUCCUGUCGUGCCAUCCAAGCAAUCCGCGGUGAAAAAGGCUGACGUGGAUCAAGAAAGCAAACCUCCAGUCGUGAAGGACGAUACCAAAUCGAACAAGAAAGACACAAAGAGCUCCGAAGAUGUUGCCGCACGCGAAAAGGAGAAGAAGGAAAUUCCAAACGAGCAGCAAGAUGCAGCACCAACUACAUCGCAGAAACCACAAGAAGCACCAUCGAAAGAACAACCACAGCAGGCUGCGGAUUCCGUUCACCCCACCGAACCAACGAUCCUGGAUGAUGGCGAGCUGAAAUCAGAACAGCAGAGUUCUGCGGAACCCCCGAAAGAGGAACCGGAUCCGGUGAAGGCCGCUACUAAACCGGAAGAACCCGACCUGAAACCGGUUAAUCCUGUCGACAAAGCAAUUGAUCGAGUCGACAACAUAAAACCUAGAAUACUGAAGCCACCAAAGCCACAGAUGAUUCUAGAGGAAUGCCGAAAAGAGCCGGAAAAGCCCGCAAAACACCCGAAAGCCACAAUACCCACGAAAGAAUCGACACCUGCUCCUGCGACGGAAGAAGGAUGGGACGAUUUCGAUGACGAUUGGGGAGACUUUACGGUGGACAGUGCUGGAUCUAGUCAGACGAAGCCAUCUCAGUCCUCCGGAAAGCAGCAAAGCAAGGAACCGUCGCCAGGAGUGAAGGCCAGUUUCCGCGAUGUGGACAUCGAUGAGGUCGAGAGUAAACUGAGUGACUUCAUGAAACAUAGGGAUGAUCCUCCGAUCGCAUCCGUUCUCGAUCGAGUAGCAGCUGGUGGUGAUAGUGGUGGUGGCGAUGGCGGUCAGUCUUGGGGUGGUUGGAAACCAUCGUGGGGUGGAGCAGCCGUUUCGUUCCUUUCUUCAGCGUCCAAAUCGGUCGCUUCGAUAACGACCAACAUAACACAGGUGAUUGAGUCCGGCAUUGGUGUGCCUAAUCCGGAAGAUCUGGCACGGCGGCAGGCCGAAGAGGAAGCGAAACUGCGGGCCGAUGGCUAUCUGCCCGAAGAGAAACCGUCGGAGGAGCGACCAAACCCAUCGGAGGAUCGGUUCCGGUUUGAUCAACUCGUCUCGGGGGUUACGCAAAUCAGUAGCAAAGUCAUUACCGGUGGCCUGGACACGCUCGAGGGCAUUGGCAAGAAAACGAUGACCAUUCUCCAGGAGAAUGAUCCAGGUUUGUUGAACAAACGGAAACUGCUGGGGCUGACGCCGAACGAUGGGGUCAUUUUGAGUCAGGUACUACGAGAAGCGAAAGCAAAGACGGAAGAGCGAGAACGGAAUUUGAAACAGAUUCAGAAGCAUCAGUACAAGAAGAAGCUUCACUUUGAAACGCUGUUCGAUGAUUACCACGGAUUGGUGCACCUGGAGGCGCUCGAGAUGCUAUCGAAGCAGGCGCAGCUGAAACUCGAAUCGUUGAUGGCUCCUUUGACUGGGAAAGCCCUGGAAGAGCUGCAAGAAACGAUGAAUGAAGUGAAAGAGCUGUGCGAACUACCUGAAAUGGAGUCUGAAGUGGCUGAUGCCGAUGGCACGCAAACGGUCGACGAGUUGGAGCAAAAGCUGCGAGAAACAAUCGUCGAUCUGGAUCCCAGUGUUAAGGUGGAUUUUGGAGAAAUUCUGAAGAGUUGGGCCGAAUAUACGGCGUGGUUGGAUGCGAACAGCCGUGCUGACGUGGAACUCCGGUCGGCGCAAGACAUUUUCGAGAAGGCCAUGCAUGCGUUGGCCCAGACAACGGCGCUCUGUGUGCUGAGAAUGCACAAGCUUGCCGAAAUUCUGCUCAUCAGCGAGCAUCACAGUACGGCAACGGAGGCCGAUGUGCUGGUCCAACUGACGACGGUGUUUUGCUGGCAUCUGAGCGGGGUAGCGGCACGGUUCUGCACCGAACUGACCAUUCACAAACAGAACAACUCAUCGCCAUCAGCGAACGAGAGUGACGGUAGUACACUCAUUACUAACGUCUUUCUUGAGGGGUCCAACAGUACAUCAUAUAUUCAGAACGCGUUCCAGUUGUUCAUCCCUAUCCUACAGCUUGGCGCGGCUUAAUCGCAUCCCUUACUCACCAAAAUCCAACCUCUCUCACGGUGUCCGAUAUUGUUGUUAACAAACCCUUCCAUUUUCCAUUGUAAGCAGAGUCUAUUCGCACUUUUUAUUGGAAAAUAUAUCUAUACAUAUACCA